UCGCCGCUAUACGCCAUCCUUCUUCUCAAAAUCAUUUCUUUCUUUCUCCUCAUCCCAUCUAUCCCUCUCCAUCGUCCAAAAGAGAGAAAAAGGAAAGAGCGAGCGACUUUCUUCUACAUUAUAUAUUAUAUCUACCGUAAUAAUAGUUUUCUUUCUCCGUUUUAUGUUUUUUUGUUUAAAAAAAAUGGCGACGGCCAUCAAGAAGGUGGAGAAGAUCCGGCAGAUCGUGCAGCUGAAGCACGUGAUGAAGCGGUGGCGGGCUCUCAGCCUCCGUGGCGGCGGGGGAGGGCGGCGCUCCUCUCAAUCCGAGUGGGAGUCCGGCUCGAACCGGCCGGUCCGGGCCGGCUUCGUGGCGGUGUACGUGGGCCCGGAGCGGCGGCGGUUCGUGAUCCCGACUCGGUUCCUGAACCUGCCGGUGUUGGCAUCGCUGCUGGAACGGGCAGAGGAGGAGUACGGCUUCCAGCCGACCGGCGGUCUUGCGCUUCCAUGCGACCCGGCUUUUUUCCAGUGGGUCGUCGACGCACUCGACCGGGAAGAGGACCGGUUCAAGGGUCUUGACCUCGACGCCUUCCUCCGUCUCUUCGCCGACCGCACCUCUUCCUCCCCCUGUAGGGACUCCUCCUACAGUGGCUUCACUCCUCUUUUAUCCAAGACUAACGUUUGAUCGGGCGCUUUUUGCCCUUUCUUUUGUUUUUUCUGAAGUAGUUUCGGUCCUCGAGGAUUUUUAGUUUUUAACCUCUUUUUCUAAACUCUUUAUGUACAAAGAAAUGGUGAUGCAAUCUGGGGGACAAGGGAGAAUGUGAUGUCUUCGAUGCAUCCGUCCAUAUUCAUGUUUCCAUGCAUGAGAUCCCAGUGUCUCCUUUUUAACGUUAAUUUUAAGCUCGUUUGAUCC